AUGUACAAAAUUACACUGUUCAUCAAGGCCAUCCUCGCGCCAGAAUUCAUCGCCGUCGAAGGACUGCAGGAAUGGACUCAGUGCCGGAAGAUGAAAAAAGAGUGCGUGGAAAUCGCGGGAGACGAUUUCAAGCUCAUCCAUGCUUUCUACGUUAGCAUGCUCGCUCUCAGGUAUAGAACAGACUGUGGGGAUAGAGUGAUUUGGCCGAAUCAGUACACCUGGCUGCUGCAGCAACGUCUCAUUGAUUGGAGGGACCACGAAAGUUGGGGUCUCGACGAAUGGGUGAUUCGGGACAAGAGCAAUGCAGACAGCGCCGUGAAAGUGGUAGCUUUCUGUCAAGUUCUCUGGUUCGUGGCACAGAGUAUCAUGCGCGCUGCCCAUGGGUUUCCACUGUCCCAGCUCGAAUCGAUGACACUCAUCUACAUCCCAUUAUUCGCGGCCACAUAUUUCUUCUGCAUGCUGCCCGAGCAAAGAAUCAUCUUCGAAUCAAUGGCGGUUAGCAAUAAGUUUGACAAUGAGAGCUUGGAAGAACAUGUGUCGCUCUGGAAUGUCUGGUAUCUCACCCCUCGUGUAUUUGAGAAGGAGGGAGAGGAUAAGCGGCUAUGGCCACGUCGGCCACAAAGACUAUUCGGAUCAAAAAGGGCGAGUAUGUUGCUCAACAAGAAGAGAAACCAAAGCAGAAUCGACGCUAUAGACAAAGCAGCAGUCAAAGAAACUGUAGUUGCACACUGGGACCCAAAGCCGAAUCAUUCAAAGCUUUGGCCUGCGAUCUGCCUUUUUGGAGUUCCGUUUGGAGCACUCCAUCUCAUCUCAUGGAUCACUAUUUGCCCAACGGUAGUCGAACUUUGGUUGGGGCGCUUUGCUGCACCCAUGUCUAUUUUCUCUAUGCUUAUUUUCAUGCAUUUCGAAAAGGUCGUUUUCCGUUGGGGUGGCCCGCUGACCAUGAUCAGUCUCGUGUCACCUGCAUUCUACUUUCUUAGCCGACUUGUCAUGAUAGGGGAGGUCACUGCUGCACUGAGAGCUGAAGAUCCUGCGAUCUAUGAGACGUAUGUUGCGUCAACUUAUUGA